CGUCACGAACUGGGCGUGUCCUACCACAGGGCACCUCAGCUGGAGCUCAGGUAGCGAGUUUCAGUCGGAAGGGCGUUUUCGUGUUAAACACCUCGCUGUGAACAUUUCAGCUCUUAAGCUCGGAAAACAGACCCAAAUUUCUUCAGUGAAACGUGUUUAUCAUCUUUUCCCACUUGAAAGACGACAGUUUGAAGCGGAAUAUUUCGUCUAGCCGUCAUGUUCUUUGUGUUUGUACUUCUGUGCUGGCAGGCAACAGGCCUCCAUGCCUUUAGUGCCUCCACAACUACGCCCAACAUUAUGGUCAAAGAAAACAGUGGAGCUGAUCUGAAAUGUGAUUAUUCGGCUGAUUUUGGGGCAUCACCUCGAGUGGAAUGGAAAUUUAGGAGUCUAAAGGGUUCACAGUCCUUCAUCUACUUUGAUGGCCAGAUUACAGAUAAGUAUAAGGGACUGAUGACUCAGUACCAAGGUGGUUUGAGGAUUGAAAAAGCCACCAGACAAGACACUGGUGAUUAUUCCUGUGAAGUGUCUGGUAACAUGGGCUACGCAGAAGCUACGAUUAAACUAACAGUGCUCGUUCCUCCUUCUGUGCCGAUCAGCCAAAUCCCCACCUCAGCCACAACAGGCCGGAACGUUCUCCUGACUUGUAACGAUAAGGAUGGUUCUCCUCCAUCCACCUAUAAAUGGUAUAAAGAUGGCACCCCUUUGCCUGAAGACCCCAGCAAGUUCCCCGCAUUUAAGAACUUGACAUACAAAAUGAACAUGCAGAAUGGCAACCUGGAGUUUCCCAGUGUGAGUAAGGCAGACAGUGGAAGUUAUUACUGCGAAGCUUCCAAUGGCCAGGGGACUCAGCGUGGAGCAGCCGUGGUCAUGGAAGUCCGUGAUCUGAACGUAGGAGGUAUUGUGGCCGGAGUUAUUGUAGCGCUGCUUGCUGCUGGGUUGCUUUGCUUUGCCCUGUGGUACGCCAGUAGGAAGGGAUAUCUGCCCAAAAUGUCUGAAAGCAAGCCCAAAUCAGCAGUGUAUACACAGCCUGCGCAGGACUAUGGUAAUGAGGAUGAUGGGGAGUUCAGACAGAAGCAGUCGUUUGUGGUGUAGCCUCGGUUUGCACUGUCGCAGGUGUAAAGGGUUUUUCCUGCUAUAGUCUUUUUCUACAACUCCAGCUCUGGGAUGUCUUGUGUGUCUAUUUAAACUGCGUCUUGUCGUUCUGAACUGUUUGCACUGACUCUACGGUAGCAGCGUGAUUUUAGAACCAUCCACUGAAUCAUCUUUUUGCACCUUACCAGAUGAAAUCAUGGACCAGCAAUAAGAUCAAUAGUUUCCCCCCACCCCAGUGUAGUACAGAAUUAAAAUGAGAAUCCUGGCUUUCAUCCUGAGAAAGGUGAAAAGAAUGAGCUUUUCUUUUUCUUUUUUUUUUUUUUUCUCAUUUAGAUUUGCAGUUUAUUUUGUCUUUAUUUUUAUUUUUGUACAUGAAUGAGCUACUUCUUAACAACAGAACAAACUCAUUUUGACAUGAGAGAAAUGUGCUCGCUUAAAUAUGUAAACCUUUUAAACCUUGUGAAGUCUUUCUUGCUUUGACAUUGUACAGGUAUGUACGUGUGUGUGUGUGUGUGUGUGUGAGAGCGCGUGUGUGAGUGCGUGUUCGCAUUUGAAUAACUACAUUUGUAUAUCUUUUUCCACCUUCAUUUGGCAUACAGUAGCUGGAGUAUUUAAAAUGAGAGGCAAGUUAGUCAACAGCAGUUCUAAUAUUUAUGUGAAGGAAAAAGAUCCAUACUGUUUACUCAUUUGAAAUUUUUAAGUUGAACUUAAAACUUUGGUCUAGUUUUGUUUUUCUCUGUAAAAUAUGUAUAUGCAAUUUAGUCUUCUAACUUUUCUGUGUUUUAUUUGAGCCACCCAAUAAGCUGUUUAACUAAGCUCGUAGCCUGUGUGACCGGAUGUUUGGUGGCCUGGGAGCAUUAUAAUCCAUUACCCUUAAUAUCAAUAUGUACACUAACAUGCACAAAUUUGAUCCAAAGCAAAAAAAAAAAAAAUCCUGUGAAACUUGGUUAUAUUAUAUAGUCAUAUCAUGUGUGUGUGUGUGUUUUUUUUUUUUUUUUUUUUUUU